AUGGCGUCCCAAUCUACAAGUCUGGCCACUAAUGCCUUGAUCAAGAAAGCUCUGGAUUUGCGAGACGAUUCCUUGUCUCGUAUCACACCGCCUUUAGCCCUCAACCAUUUGCCCGAACCUCUUCCACAGAACGUUCGCGGCAUUCCCAAUGAGAUAUUGGAGAAAGAGGAAAUCGAGAUUACCUCGCUCGAGGCUAACGAGAUCCUAAAUGCGAUCAGAACCAAGAAGUAUUCCUGUGUCACUGUGUGCAAGGCAUUUCUCCGCCGGGCCGCCCUUGCACAGUCCUUGGUCAACUGUAUUACAGAGGUGCUUCCGGAGUUUGCUCUAGAGCGGGCAGCUUAUCUCGACUCCCUGGACGAGCCGGUAGGCCCUCUCCACGGGCUUCCUAUCUCGAUCAAGGAGCAUCAUGGGAUGUUCGGGAGAAUGAAGACGUGCGGCUAUGUCGCUUAUAUCGAUGAAGACCACUCUGGUGUGAGUGCAGUCAAUGAUGUCUUAUGGGCUGCAGGGGCUGUCUUCUACGCUCGAACUACCAUGCCGCAAACUGGAAUGCACCUAGAGACAUCAUCGAAUAUCUAUGGGGUAACCCUGAAUCCAUACAACCUGUCUCUUACUCCUGGUGGCAGUUCGGGCGGAGAGGCAGCUCUACUAGCAUUGAGAGGAAGUGUCCUGGGAGUGGGGGGAGAUAGUGGUGGUUCAAUCAGAGGCCCAGCUGCAAAUGUUGGAAUUUAUGGCUUCAAGCCUACAACGGGACGUGUUAGUCGUCGAGGAGCAAGGGUCGCUCCAGGCGGUGAUGGAAUAAUUGGCUCUCAUGGACCGAUGACUACUUCUCGAUCGGGUCUGUCACUCUUUAUGAGAACAUAUUGUAACUCACAGCCUUGGAAUAACGACCCUGCACUGGUUCCUCUCCCAUGGCGAGAGGUGAAGCUGCCGACCAAGCUCAAGAUCGCUUUCUUGUGGAACGACGGCAUCGUGAUGCCACAUCCUCCGGUGAGGAGGGCGCUCGACGACGUCGCCAAGGCUCUUCGUAGACAUCCUGACAGGUUCGAAGUAGUCGAUUGGGUUCCUCUUGACCAUGCAAAGGCCGACGACAUUGCCAUGGGACUAUACUUUGAGGACGGAUGCCGAGCAAUCAAGGAGGUGCUCAAGAAGGGCGGCGAGCAACCACGUCCUCUAACACAGUGGAUCUUUGACAAUGAACGCGUCAAGCACAAGACCAUUGAAGAAGUCUGGGAGUUUAAAGCACGAAGAAAUGAAUACCGACAACAAUAUAAUGACUAUUGGCUAGCCACUGGAGAUGUUGACGGCCAUCCUGUCGACGCCAUCAUCUCUCCAGCUGCUCCAGGUGCGGCUUAUCCACACAAUAAAGCAACUUAUUGGCUCUAUACCAGCCAGUGGAACCUCCUUGAGUACCCUGGCUCUUCGUUUCCGGUCACCACGGUGGAUCCAGAGUUAGAUGUCAAGGAUGAGUCUUAUGUGCCAAAGAACUCCCGAGACAGAGAGAACUAUGACCUUUACGAUCCGAUCAUCUUCAAGGACGCCACAGUCGGAUUGCAAAUCAUCACCCGUAAGUUUGAAGAUGAGAAGAAUCUCGCUAUUUUGGAAGCAGUCGAGAUAGCCAUGGGGAGGACAUAA